AAUGAAAGCUAUUUGGAUUCAAUUAGAUUCAAAUUAAUUAGCACUUGCUGAGAAAUUAAUUGAAUAAGGAUUUUAAAUGCAUCAUUGUACAUAAAAUUAUUUAUUAUUAUCACAAUGGAUUAUUGAAAAUGAGAAAAGCAGAUUACCAAAUUAUACUACUCAUUCAGUUGGUGCUGGAGGUUUAAUUAUUCAUAACAAUUAAAUAUUAUUAAUACAAGAAAAAAAUGGAACAAAAGAAGGACUAUGGGGUAUACCCGGGGGAUUAGUUGAUGAUGGAGAAUUAGUUGCAGAAGCAGCAAGUAGAGAAGUAAAAGAAGAAACAGGUUUGGAUGUUGAACCAUAUGAUUGUUUUUUCUUUAGAGAUUUACCAAUAGCUAAUUAAUAUUAAGGUGAUAUUUAUUUUGUAAUUUUCAUGAGAUUGAAGAAUUAAUAAUAAAAAGUAUAGAUUUAGGAUUAAGAAAUAAAGAAUUAUCAAUGGGUUGAAAUUAAUAAACUUUAAGAAGUAUAUAAGUGAUGACAUUUAAUUAGUUUUUAAUUUAGAACAAAUUUGGAAUUACUUAAUAAAGAUUAAUAGAAUCUAUUAUCCAGUAUUAAAAAUCUAAUCGUUUUGGCACACAACUUUGUAAUAUGGAUAUGAAACCAAGAGUUAUGUAUGGAAAAGAGAAAAAAUAUUGUUUAUUUAAGCCUAAUUUAUGA